GACACAACACACACACAACUGUCAAAAAGGCAGCCUUCCUUUGGCUUAGUAAUUCACUUAAUUCAUGAUUAACUGCUCAAAAGGCAGCCUUGCUUUGGCUUUAUAGUUCAUUUGAUUCCUAAUUUGGUAUGCUUAGCACAACUACUCAGUCAAGUGUAUAACACCAACAAAGUCUUGCACAAUCAGUCACGGGCUUUUGAAAGUACCGCACAUCAGGGAGGUGGAUCCAUCAAGCUUGACUGAAGAUUGAGGAAGGGCUGCUAACUUUGAGAAUCACUGAACUAAUUGACCUGGGGGAUGGACCAUGGAUGAAGAUAUGAAUUCAUUUUCAAUAUGGUGAUUUUUUUUGUUCUUGGUAAAUUGUUUAUAUACAGUUGUGACACCAUGGUUCAAGAAGAAAGGCCCCUGUAGAGAUAGCCCUGCCUUAGGUUAGAGAGGGAAUCAGGGAGGAGCAGGAGUGACGGCAUGAUGGCAUUAUCUAAUUUAUUGGUUGCUUAAGGGCAAGACACUCGCCACCAGCAGCUGCCAAUGGCGGCAGGCGGAUAAGAAACUGCAGUGCCACGUUACAAGACCACCAGCUGGCUGUACCCACGGCUGCCGACCGUCCUGUCGCUGUGAGGGCGACUGGCCACUGUCACCACAGCCAGUCGGGCGGACAUUUCUACAUCCAGCGCCCCCUCUCUCACUCUGUCGAGUGGACGUCUCUCUCCACAGUGCUCCGUCCUCAUCACCAUGGCGCUGCUGGCCCGUCUGACGGCUCUGUGCGCUGCGCUGGCCGCCGCCGGCGCCGCCUGUCCCUCUCCCGAGUGGCAGCUGUACCGCGGCCAGUGCUACUGGUUCUCGUCGUUCCCUCUCGAGUGGCGCUCUGUAGCCAGUGUGUGCGAGCUGCAGGCGCCCGGCUCGAGGCCCGUCUCCGUGCACGAUGUACAGGUGAACGCGUUUCUGACGGAGCAGGUGCUGCAGUAUCAGAGCGGCUGGCUGGGCCUGCGCCGCAGUGACACCGGUCGGCCGUGGGUUUGGUCGGACGGAUCCGUCUACGACUGGCACAACUGGGAGCCGCUGCAGCCGCACGGCGACGGUGAGAGGUGCGCGCUCAUCCACGAAGGCGGCACUGGUGGCUGGCGGACGGCCGACUGCAGCCUCGGCUACUAUCGCUUCAUUUGUCAGAAGGACGAGCAUCCCGUGACGACUGUGGAGCCUUCGACUACAGAGCUGCCGACUACGGAGCCAACGCCCACGGAGCCAACUACUACGGAGCCAGCGACUACCUGGCAAACCACUACGGAGCCAACGACUACCUGGCAAACCACGGAGACAGCGACUACCUGGCAAACCACGGAGACAGCGACUACCUGGCAAACCACGGAGACAGCGACUACCUGGCAAACCACGGAGACAGCGACUACCUGGCAAACCACGGAGACAGCGACUACCUGGCAAACCACUACGGAGCCAACGACUACGGUGCAAACCACUACGGAGCCAGCGACUACGGUGCAAACCACUACGGAGCCAACGACUACCUGGCAAACCACGGAGACAGCGACUACCUGGCAAACCACUACGGAGCCAGCGACUACCUGGCAAACCACUACGGAGCCAGCGACUACCUGGCAAACCACUACGGAGCCAACGACUACCUGGCAAACCACGGAGACAGCGACUACCUGGCAAACCACUACGGGGUCAACGAGCACGACUUUUUGGUACCAUAACGACGCAUGAAUUUUAUGCAUCGUCCUGAGCCACAUAGCGGAGGUAACGACUAUGGUGCACGUGACUGUCGCAGCACAACCGACUAUUGAAUGGUCGAAGACGGAAAACUAUGACAUCUAUGAACAAUGACAAUGAAAUGACAAUGUCAAUGAAAAGUAUGACACCGGCCAGUCGAAGACGGAAAUAGACAACUAUGUGUACCGAACAA